AUGGCCGCCAGCUCAGGCGCGCAGUCCUCUUCGGGCGCGCCAUUGACGCUGGCCCAGCAGUACGAGCAGGAAGAAGAUAGCCCGAUCUCCUUCGAGCUGGCGGUGAAGGUGACGGGCGCGCUGGUGUGCGCAACAACCAAGAAGCCCGACCACCACGACGGCCCGCGGCGGGCCAUCCAGCCGGUGCACCUGCCGCUCAUGGACGAGCUCACUUCGCGCGCAAAGCCAGGCACGCUUCCCGUGACGCACCUCGUCGACCAGAGCGCGGGCAUCUUGCGGAGCGGGAUCGAGGCCAGCCCGUCGUGGGAAAAGGAGAAAGCCAGCUUGGCGAAGAAGUCCGGCACGUGGCUCGACAGGGACCUAUUGAUGCUACUUGACGGCAACGGGCAAUCGAGGUACGCUCUCCGGUUGGACGAGCGCCACUACCACAGGAUCAGCGCGCAGUACCUCUGCACCGACGCGUUCCUCGUGAACUUCCUGGCGACGCUCCUGCACCCCGCCACUAAGGGCGCGCGGGAGCGCGUCUUGUCUUCGCUCGGAGAGAAGUCUGAUUAUACGAGAUACUUGCUUCCUGAGUGCCAUCGCAUCUUCCACACCCUCGCCGAGGGCGUGCUCGCGCACCCGCUC